AUGGCUCGUCUCAACCUGGUGCUUCUUCUGUCAGUGGCAGCGGCAUCGGUGGCCGCAACAGGCUCCGUUCCCACUGAAGCAAAGAACCCUGACGUCAUCGAGCCUCCACCAGUACUACCUCCGUUCGACACAGAACUUCCCUGUAAUGUUACCCUGCCAGACGGAACAGUGGAAGAACUUUUCGAAGGAGACAUCAUCCUGACGGAAGAACAACGCGUCAAUCGCAAAGGUAACAUUUUUCAAACGUGGCCAAAUGGAAAUAUACCUUUUGUUAUAAAUGCUUCGUCUUCCUACGACAGACCCGUAAUCCUAGCAGCCAUCGCUGAGUGGGAGGCAGCAACGUGCAUCACAUUUGAAGAAAAGCCCGAAAGUUACAGCAGCGGGCCGCACCUGCGCUUCUUCCAGGGAUCAGGAUGCUAUUCGUACGUUGGCAUGGUGAGCUCUAACAGCGGCCAAGAAGUCAGCAUUGGAAGUGGAUGUGCUUUUCUCGGUACUGUGAUACACGAGAUCGGCCAUGCCAUCGGGUUCUGGCACGAACAAUCUCGGACGGAUCGGGACUCCUAUGUCACGGUCAUUUGGGACAACAUUAAAAGUGGAUACGAACCCAACUUCUACAUCGCAUCAGCUUCACAAUCGCUUGGAGUUCCAUACGACUUGAGCUCCGUCAUGCACUAUGGUGGAUUCCAGUUCACUAAUAAUAGUUUUCCGACACUCGUCACCAACGACAUCGCUCAGGCCGGACUAAUUGGGAAUCGCGAUGGUCUCUCACACCGCGACAAGCACCUGGCCAACCUGAUGUACCUCUGCGACGACAGCUGCUCAUCCCCGCCCACCUGCGCCAACGGCGGCUACGUGGACAGCAGCUGCACGUGCGCGUGUCCUCCGGGAACCAGCGGCGCCACGUGCCAAACCGUCACGGGCACCUACUACGAGGCGCCGUGCGGCGACCAGAGCAUCGCCACGGCCGGCACAAUCACCUCGCCCGACUACCCCAGUAUAUACCCUCCCGGACAGCACUGUGUCUGGAUCGUCACCGCGCCCGCAGGUAUGCAGGUCCGCAUCGACUUCGGCGCGUUCGGGAUCCUCUACCGCUCUGGUGGCAAGUGUCCCUUUGACUGGGUGACCGUGCACACUGACAGCGACUCGAUUCCAGACUACGUCAAUUGCGGCAUGGAGCUUCAGAACCAAAGUAUCACGUCGUCAGGCGAGCGUCUGGCCCUAGAGUUUCACAGCUAUGGCUACGGUAACUAUCCGUACUAUCAGAAAGGAUUCACUGCUAGCGUCACCUUCGUAUAAGGCAGAUGAUCGUCUCCAAAGAGCGACUUCCGGAUAACUGAACCCUCAUUGAGUCAUGCUUCCGACAGAAGUGAACAUGUUUUGAGCUUAUGCGUGUUGUGACUUGAAAGUCUUUUUGGGCCCACCUAUGAUUGCGACUACCUACCUGUUUUACAUCGAUUUAUCACUACUCCUUUUAUUCCGUUUCUUGUGGCUUGUAGUUCAGUUCAUGUGCUGCUGUGUGACGUUAAGCCACGCUUCUGUUGCUGUUGAU